AUGCUGUCAGGAGCCGAUGGGACAAGGGUGGAAGCCCAGACGGCGGACACGCCCACGCCUGCGCCUACCGCGACGGCGACACCCGAUAGUACGGAAGAGACCGAUGCCAACGCUGACAGCGGUUCGGAAUCGGAGCAGAGUGGAAAGGCCGAUGCGUCUAAGUACGGGAAUAUGGACUCGAUUCUGAACGACUUGGUGGAGCAGGUCGAAGGUGGAAUUGCGAGUGCGAGGUCUGCAGCUUCUACGGCUCCGGUCAGCGAUGAUGAGUCUGUUGCGGUGUCGCUCUUCUUGGAAGAGGACUAUGUAGAGGCAGUGCGGCAGUAUCUCGACGAAAAUGGGGCUUCUGUUCGCUUUGCUGAAUUGGACACCAUCGAGGCGUAUGUGCCUGUCACGUUGCUUGGGAAUGUGUCGCAGCAGGAGGGAGUUAUAAGCGUCAGCACGAUUGUCCCGCCGCAAGCCGCGCAGGAAACACUAACCAGCCCUGCCGUUGCCCUGCACGGCGCAGAUUUCUGGCAUCUCGCCGGUGUGAAGGGCGAAGGAAUGAAGAUCGGGAUAAUCGACAUUGGGUUUUUAGGAUUCCAGGACCUGAUGGGGCUAGAGCUGCCGCCCGAGGAGAGGGUGCACGCGCUCUGCUUCACGGACCUUGGAACGUUGAGCAGCGACAUCGACUGA